CAUCAUUAGUUUUCUAUCCUCUACAGAGGCAAGGCAAGGAUCAUCUGAUUUGCAAGUGGGAUGAAAUGAGUUUAAAUCUGUUUAGUUGGUCGCUAGCGUCAAUAAUUUGCAAUGGACGGAGCUGAGUCGGGAGCUAACACCUAUCUCAUCAGGCCAAAUUACCAGCACAAGUUCAAAGCAGGAGUUGUGAAGGAGUGCAUUCGGGAGAUCUUGAGAGAUAAUCUCACAGGUCUAACGUACGACCCCGAGCAGAGUCCCAUUUUAUCCAAAACACUCGCAGACACUAUUAAAGAGAAACUUAAGGAAGUGGGAUUUGAACGUUACAAGAUGGUUGUCCAGGUCGUGCUUGGGGAGCAACGAGGAGAAGGCGUCAAGAUGGCUGCUCGCUGUUUCUGGGAUGCAGACACAGACAGCUACGCUCAGGAUAUAUUCAUGAACGAGAGCCUGUUCUGCGUGGCGGCGGCGUUUGGAAGCUACUACUACUGAGCACAGGAUGAGGACGAGGACGCAGACGCCACAGGCCCCGUGGAUCUGUGAGGCAGCUGCUGGAGUGGAGAGGAGGGUGAAGCGGUGCUGCCAUCGCGCCACAUCGCGGAGACGUGCAGGGGCCUGGAGACCUGCUUCUGGAGACACGCACGGACAGCAGAAGGGUUUAGUAGCGGCGUAGCGGCACAGAGGAACAGAGGAAAGAGGCCUGGUCUGGGUCCCUUUUCUGACCAGCUUUAACUUCAGUUAGAAAGAAACAGACAGAGAGAUUCUAGAACACAAAUGAGAUGGUGAUUUAUGAGUCGUAUAGAGUCAUAUAUGAGUCAUGUUAUUUUGUGAUUCAUACCAUAGGCAAUACAUUUUUAUUACAGCAGUGUUUGCAAUGUUAAAUAAAAGUUUUUAAAAUCCACCUAA